CCGAAGCUGGCCCUUCGUUAAUAUUCGACCUUGCUCUGAUACCCAUUCCCAUUCUACUCAGAACAACAUCCUUAAUCAUCUCGUCAAGAUGAAAACCACAACGACCGUCGUCGUCCUCCUCUCCGCUCUCAUCUCAACUACACUCGCAACACCCCUCACACCCCUCCAGUCCCGCUACACCCACAUCCAGCUCGUCCAGCGCGCAUCAAGUUCGAACUCAACGGCGCCAUCUACGACGGCGGUUGGAAGCACCCUGACUAUCCAAGAGGGCGACACGCUGUCAUCUAUUGCUGCAGCUGCGGGUGUAGGAAUUUGUGAUCUUGCGAAGACGAACAAUAUCAAAGAUCUGAAUGUCAUUGAGGCGGGUGCGACGCUCAAGAUCCCCGCUAAGACGGGGAAGAAGGAUGAUACCAGCUGUAUGAAGAUGGCGUAA